AUGGAGAAACCUGUGAACUGCAGCUCCAUUGGGAACCCGGCUUCAGGGUGGUAUAACUAUUACCCUUGGCAGCCGUCGAGUGUGCCAGAGCUUCUUAAAGGCGGUCGUUUCGCUGCAGUUCCUUCGGAUAAUGAUGUUGCUCAAUUUAGCGAUUCAGCUGUGGCAGCUCUACAGAGUGGAGCACUGUCAUGGCUGUGGAUUCAAGAACAGGUAUUUAUCGUUAGAGUAUCUGAGGAGAUUUAUGGUACCAAUCCCUGCACGAUGAAUGUUUCGGGCUCACAAGAUCUAUUUGCCCGAGAAUGCGACGGCUCAACGGCAUUUUUCUUCAUCAAAAAUACUGGAACCAAUACUGAGUGGGAUGCGUAUGACCCUGUGCCUGGCUACAACCAGCUACAGAAUUUUAGCCUAAAUGCUCUCGAUGUGGCAACGGCGGCAUACAAUAGCCAAGUUGAGUGCAAUUGCUGGGAACCUAUUCGAACUAUUACCCAGACUCUUCAAUUUCUUCAAUCAUCUUGGAAGCCCGCAAGCAACUACCAGGUGAAUCUCCCGGUCUGCGAUCUAGACUAUCUGAAGAGUUCAGGUGCAUGGCCUGCAGCUCCUGGUCCCAAUCCAUAUACGACUUAUGAUGAACUUCCCGGUCCCCUUGUGAGUCACUAUAUCCGUUGA